GUCACUUCCGGUAGUUUUCCGGUUUGUUUCCAGCACCAUCCACACACUUUCCUUGGUGAACCACUCCUCAAUGAAAUACUAGGAUUUUAUAAAGAAAACAAGAGAAGCAACUGAAUGGCUGUGGAUUUCUAUAGCUAACGAAACCUGCCCCAGCAGAAUAGUGCACUGUUUUCAACAACAUCCCAAGUCCUGCUGAAAAAGAAGUUUUGCUUAUACAACUACUACUCACUGUUGGAAAGCUAAACGUAUGUCGCGUUUCAGGACCACUAUCGACAGUGUCACAAAGGCAGUGGGGAGUGCAGAUUUCAUUUCGAGGUUCUCUCGACUUAAACCUGGAAGUUUAGCAGUGGACAGCCCUCAUGUUGAAAAGGUUUUAGUAACAGCAGAAACAAUAACAUCAAAUGGUGCUGAACAAGCUACUCAAAACCACUCAGAAACUCAAAAGUCAAAACCAGAUACCAAAAUGAAAGAAGAGGAGGAGGAUGAGAAAGACAAGGAUGCGCAAAGCCAAAGUAUUUCAGAAAAAACUUUUGUUGCUAGCAAGAAAUCCAGCACAACUUCAGGUGCCAGUGCAUCUGUGCCAAAUUCCUCUACAAACGUGGCCAAGCAAACUUUACAAAUAUUCCACCCAACUGGAUUUUCAAGUAACAUGGAUGAGACGUACAAGACACUAGCAACCCAUAUCAAUAGUUAUUUCGGGAGCAACACUGCAACAGAAGAUAUUGAUCAACCAAAACAAGGAUCUGAUAAGCCCGUUGUUCAUGUUGCAUUUCAGUCAACUAAGGAAUCAAGACCUGUCAUGUCCCCAGUGGCUGAAAAGAAAAGUAUUGAAGUGUCUACCACCCCUCCGCUCCCAGAAAAUCUAAGUUUAUCUAAAGACAUUGCUACUCCACUUCCCUCUGCUCCUGUCCCAUCUGCACCAUCCAAAAAAGGUUUCACCCACUAUCUGUCGUACCCCAGACCCAGUGUUCAGGCAUUCGUUGGCAGUUAUAUAGCACCCCUGGUCCCGAAAUUCCGAAGUGAAAGUAAAGCUGAAGCGGCGGAGAAGGACAAAACUGCAGUAGUCAUGCCUACUGAACAGAAACCAGGAGAAAAGAUCGAAAGUGAAGAGGAGAAAAAAGAGAAGGCAAAGCAACUCCUUAUAAGUCAAAGAGAGAAGAUAAUAGCAAGAGUGAGUGUGGACAAUCGGACCAGAGCGUUAGUGAAGGGCUUACAGAGAGUCACUGAUAUUAAACUUCUCAUCACUCGAGUCGAGGAGCUCAGCUUUCACCUCCUCGAGUUUCCAGAGACAAGAGGCGUAGCUAUCAAGUCAAGUGUGUUGCCCACCCUGCUGCGGCUACGCCAGGCGAAGGACCUCCCCCUGCAGUCGGCGGUGAGGGAGGCCCUGGCUGUGGUCGGAUACACUGACCCUGUGAAAGGCAGAGGCAUAAGAGUGCUGGCCAUAGAUGGAGGAGGAACCAGAGGUCUCCUGGCACUACAAACUCUGAAUAAACUUGAAAAUCUCACUGGUAAAAGAGUCCAUGAACUGUUUGACUACAUCUGUGGAGUCAGCACUGGUGCCAUCUUGGCGUUUAUGUUGGGCAUUUUUCAGAUCCCACUGGAGGAGUGUGAGCAGAUGUACAGAAAGCUGGGCUCAGAUGUUUUUAAGCAGAACGUCAUUUUGGGGACAGUCAAAAUGGGCUGGAGCCACGCAUUUUAUGACAGUGAAAUGUGGGAGAGCAUCCUCAAGGAAAGAUUGGGUGAAGGCAGUAUGAUUGAGAGUGCCAGGGAUCCACACUGUCCAAAAGUGUCAGCAGUCAGCACCAUUGUAAACAGGGGUUUACCUCUGAAGGCCUAUGUGUUCAGAAACUACCGGCUCAUGCCUGGAGUGAGAUCCCACUACCUUGGAGACUGCAAACACAAAAUGUGGCAGGCUAUCAGGGCUUCCUCCGCCGCUCCGGGAUACUUCCAGGAAUUUGUCCUUGGAAAAGAUCUUCAUCAGGAUGGAGGCCUGUUAAUAAACAACCCCACAGCGUUGGCCAUCCAUGAGUGUAAAAAUCUGUGGCCCAACACGCCUCUGCAGUGCGUCCUGUCUCUGGGAACCGGACGCUACGAAGAAGGAGUGAAGAACAGCGCCACCUACACCAGCCUCAAGACCAAGCUAACCCACGUCAUCAGCAGCGCUACUGAUACAGAAGAGGUACACACCAUGCUGGACGCCCUGUUACCUCCGGACACAUAUUUCCGUUUUAACCCGUACAUGAGUGAGGACAUCCCGCUGAAUGAAAGCCGUAUCGAAAAACUCAACUUCUUAAAAAGUGAGGCGGAGACUUAUCUGGAACGCAACGAAGCAAAACUCAAGAAGGCUGCCAUGGUUUUGGGUCAGGAGAAGGGUCCCAUCCAAAGAGUGGCUGAGUGGGCUAAGCUUAAAGCAGACAUGUACGAGGGGCUACCUUUUCUGUCCAAGCUGUAAGAAAUCAGUACCUCGUGAUUAGAUAAUAAUAAAUAUAUAGGAAUUAUGACCUGGUUUACCCUGGAAAGAGCUAUAGACAUAGGAAAAUAGUUUAGUAAAUUGUCAGGAUGUGCCUCUGAACGGUAUGGAUCUCUAAACACUCAGUCCACCUUGAAGUUUGCUUUGGUUUUAUAAGUAAAUGUGGCAUUAAUUUUCCCCUUAGAGUAUUAUCAAUUUCAUGUUGAACACAAAAACUAUAUUUAAAACUUAAAACAUAUAUUUUUUUACAUUUACAUCUGACUCGGACAAAAAAGGUUAAGUGCUGGUGGUUUUUCAAAAAAGCAGUUCGACAGUUUCAGCAGUUUGAAAGCAAAAAUAGAUAAGAAAAUGUGGGUCCAGAUGAGAAUGGAACUUAUAACUUUUAUAUUCUCUUAGACCCACUCUUAUCUUAUCUUGUGGGAAAUCUGUUUUGUCCCAUCCAUAAACUUUACGGGUACAGAAAAAUAUUUAAAAUAAAAUGAUCUGUGUCAUCGUUAUGUGUUACCACACUAGUCCCUAUCAACUCAACAAGUCUAUGGAAAAAUACAUGGUGAUUUUACUUCCUGAACCAGAGCAGGCUUCAAAGUGAGCAGGACUGUGGAUUUUUUCAAACAGGUUUGGCAUUGGUUUGGUGGACCAUGGAUAAUGUAGUAUAAUGUAUCAUAGCUGAAACCUAUCCCUUUUGGUCUCCUUUAGCUGUACAAAAGACGGGCAUAUUUAUUAGAUAUUGAUAUCAAGUUUAGAUUUACAUUUUCCACAAGUUUCAUUGUAGUCAGAAAAUAAGUGGAAUCUAAUGAAAUCCAGCUAUGUGCCAGUAUUUGCCUAAGAAAGAAAUUUGAGUAGUUUGUACAAAUAAAAAUUGUAUGAAUAAUGAAAGUAUUUGAUGUCAAUUGGACCACAAACACUUUAUUACACUAGAACUCUGGAACCCAUUUAGUAGUAUGCUAACAGUUCUAUUUAAAAAUGUAUAUAAAGAAUCAUGACAAAAUGUAAUGUUAACACAUUUAGUCAGAGUAAAUUAUUUUUAAAAAUGCAUGAAAUUCAGGUGCAUUGGAUGUGGCUAAAAGUUGUUAAUAUUGCACAUACAUUUUAAGUUAAUGGUGACACAUGGCUUUGGAUUUGACCGUAACAGUAUUGCCAAUGGUUGAUCAUUUUAAUAAGGUCUGACUCAUUUUAUUUGAAUCUGAAUAGGUCUAGUUAUUAUACUUGACUGUGCAGUGAUGACAUAACUGCCUAUUUCUAACACUGUAUGUGGCCUGAAGCACUUUUACAAUGUUCUUAAUGUGUGAGAAAACAUAAUGUAUAUAAUUUGAACUGGUGAUUAUUAUAAUUCAUUGAGUGCUCUUGUUAAAUGGUACAAAGCAUGUCUUAUUCCUGGUCUGUUUCUAGCAGCACAUUUUGACCCAGUUUGCACUUCUCCAGCCUGAGUCCAUUCAAACCUCUGUGGUUAUGAACACUCAAUAAAGCACACUUUUACCUCAA